UCACAAUAACCCUUGUAACAAACUUCUGCUUUAUCUCGUGGUCAUUUCCAGGCAGGACGCUGGUGUAUCCCGCUUCAUCUCCCCAUCCAUGCAGUGAGAAGCUCAAGAUGCAGACUGUGUGGGCAAUGUUGAUCUGCCUGGCUGGAGGGCAGCUUGCAAGUGCCACACUCUGCAAGACCUAUGGCACCAUCCCAGGCAUCCCAGGGUCACCAGGACAGCCUGGCAGCAACGGCAAAGAUGGAGAGAAUGGCCUAAAGGGUGAACAAGGUCCCCCUGGCCGGGUGGAACAUGAAGGAGACAGGGGGGAGAAAGGAGACCCAGGACUGCCAGGGCACCCUGGGAAGGUCGGCCCCAGGGGGGCCCCAGGUUCAAGGGGAUUACCAGGUCCCAUGGGACCCCGUGGCCCUCAGGGGGACUCCGGUGACUACAAGACCACCCUCAAGUCCGCCUUCUCUGCUGCCAGGAGCAUUAGCUUCUACCCACGCCGGGAGGUGCCCAUCCGCUUCGACCGCAUCAUCACCAAUGAGAAGGGCCACUACGAGAACCGGUAUGGCCGCUUCACCUGCCAGGUCCCAGGCAUCUACUACUUCACUUACCACGUCACCUCCAGGGGCAACCUGUGUCUCAAUGUGAAAAAGGGCCGGGGUGGCAGCAGGGGUGACAAGGUGGUGACCUUCUGCGACUAUGUGCACAGCAGCUACCAGGUCACCACGGGCGGCGUGGUCCUCAAGAUGGCAGAGAACGAGUCUGUCUGGCUGGAGCCAACGGAGAAGAACUCCCUGGUGGGGAUCGAAGGGUCCGACAGCAUCUUCACUGGCUUUCUCAUCUUCCCCGAUGUUUAGCCUGCUGAACGGGUCCCUCUUGCAGCCCUUCUCCUGUUGCUGGUUGGUCUCUGCAGGCCUGAAGACUCCCCUGGAAAUGACUUUUUGCUCCACAUUUGGUUCCCUAAGCACGCUGCUGCCGGUCUUGCACAUUAAAUGACAUAUUGUG